AAAACUAGUAUUAAUUAUUCUAGUUAAUUUCACUUGUGCCCAAUUAAGAUAGACAGCAUAUCCACCCCGCAGAGUUGCAAACAAACCCAAGUCAAAAUAGUUUUGAAACCAAAAAAGAGUUAGCUUUUGUGUUCUUUGUCGGGCUCCACAUCUGGUUGGGUUUUAAUCUGAGUGGUGGGUUUUCGGUACAUCUUGUUUCAGUUAAUGUCUCUGAUUGGAAAGUCGGUUCCUUUUACUUCUGUAUCCGAUCAAGCUCUCCGGCACAGAUUCUCGAUCUGUUGUUCCUGGAUUGAAUCCGACAGGAUUUGCGAGGGUCAAAGGAUGCAGAAACUGGGUGAUUUCAAGCUUCCUCAGUUCUUCAAUUAUCCUCCAUAUUUCACUUUGCAGCCUGUGAGGGACACUCGUGAGAAGCAAAUACAGCUCUGGAAAGAGCUUAUCUUGGACUUCUGCAAAUCCCAAAAGGUCUUCCUGAUCGGCGUUGAAGAAGACUUCCCUCUCUUCUCCAACUCUGCUAUUGAUCGAACUUUAAGCCAUGAAGCAAGGGAAACUUUCCUCUCAGCCUUUGUUGGAGAAGGGCGUGCGGAGUGGCUAGAUAAAGGUCAUAGGAAAUGUCUGAUUCUCUGGCACCGGAUUCAAGACUGGGCAGACAUUAUUCUUAAAUUUGUGAGAGAGAAUGGUUUAGAGGACAGUGUUAUGACUGUUGAAGAAAUACGUUCAGGGACUGAAUCACUUGGAACAGAACUUGAAGGGAUUGAUCGGACGAUUCUAAUGAGAGCAUUGAAGCUGCUAGAGAACAAGGGCAAGCUUGCAUUGUUCAAAGGAACUUCAGCCGAUGAUGAAGGCGUCAAGUUCUCUGUCUGAUGUCUUUUUGUCUUUGUCAACAAGGGGGGAAAAUGGAUAAACAUCUUGAUAACAAACUUUCAUUCUGUAAUCACAACUUUUGAGUUUUGUAGAAUAAAUCGUAUUUUAUAACA